AUGGUUGAUAUUCUUUAUUCACUUGUGAAUAUUAAUGAACGAUUUGAUCGAUUAGUAAUUGAUCCUCUUUAUAUUCAUCGUCUUGAUAUGACUAUCGAAUUACCCUUUGAUGUGAUAAUUUCAAUAUACAAUAAAGUUUUUCCAAGAAUGUAUGAAAAUAUCUUACCUCAAAUUCAUAAUCAAGUAAAUAAACUGACUGUUGAUUCAUAUUCCAUAAAAUCUAUUCUUACUGUUAAUUAUCCUCAACUUUAUUCGUUAUCACUUGUUAAUUUUCAAGAAGAAAUACUUUUUCAAUAUUUAAAAGGUGAUUCAAUUCUUCGUAAUCUUCUUAGUGAACAAAUUACAGAUCUUAAUAUUGACAUUCUGUAUGAUACAAUAGCACAAACCAUUAUAAGUCUUUCAGAAAAGUUUGCCUUAAUAUUAUCAUUAAGUAAAAGAUUUGACUCGACUUUUAUUGAUGGUAUUCAAUUAUAUGAUCAAUUUCUUAUUUAUAUACCACGAUUAAAUAAAUUUACAUCCAGUAUAAUUACAGUUGUUGUCAACAAUAAUAUUAAUAUUAAUUUGUCAUCACAUAAAGAUAUUCAACAUAGUUUUAUUGAAAGAUGA